AAAGACCGGGCGGGAGAGAGCAAAAGAGAGGGAGAGAGAAAGAGAGAGAGAGCUCCACACUCAAUGCUUUACUUACGUUCAACACUGGCUCUUGGUCUGCUAUCCUCUUUGUGUGAACAAGCCUUACACUGAAGGUUUGUUCGCCGACUGCUUUGCACUAUUACAUAGGCCGGAACUCCAUUUUGGAUACCAAAGCAAAAAAAAAAGGAAGAUAGUUCGCAAGGCUGCAGCAAGCCCAUCGCCGCCGUGAUGAUGUUGCAUUGACAACGGAGCAUCCUCCCCUCCUCACUCAGCCGGCAUCGUCAGCUGUUGCUCAUGGAUCGUGCAAGCAGAAACGUCGGGAGCAACACUAAAGGCCAAAAACUAUGCUACGGAUCUUUAGACGGUAACAUCUAAGUACGAAAAGAAGCCGGGGAGCGGAUGCGAGCAGAGAGCACCAACACGCCUCUGAGUAUUUUUCGCCCUUUGUCGGUACAGGAGGAGCUGUGCCAAUGGAGAAAGCUACUCCUCCGCCCCAGCCUCAGGUGCAGCUGUCUAUAGCUAAGACCGACAGUCCGGCAGAGGACAUCUCCGGAUUGUCCGAUGAGGACCUGUUCAAGUGGACUAAGGAGGAUCUGGUGAGGCGUCUGAGGCGCUCAGAGGCUGACAAAAUGAGCGUGAUUCUGGACCACGGGAAUCUCAUCCGUGAGGUCAACCGCAGCCUACAGUUGCACUUGAACGAGAUCAGAGGGCUGAAGGACAUCAAUCAGAAGCUGCAGGAAGACAACCGUGAACUGCGGGACUUGUGUUGCUUCCUGGAUGACGACCGCCAGAAAGGAAAGCGUGUGUCCAGGGAGUGGCAGCGUCUGGGACGUUACAGCUCGAGCAUUAUGCGCAAAGAGGUGACGCUCUACCUCCAAAAGCUCAAGGAACUAGAGCUACGACAGGAGGAGGUUAUCCGUGAGAACAUGGAGCUUAAGGAACUCUGUCUCCUACUGGAUGAGGAGAAAGGAAUAGUAAGUGGCAGUGGAGGAAGCGGCGGGAAUGUCGGUAUGGGAGUGGGGUCACGAAACUCCAUAGACAGCCAAAACAGUUUACUGCUGGUGCCUGGGCAAGGUCUCCUCAUGAGGGAUGUUGGGGAUGGAAGCAGUACCUCAAGUGCAGGGAGUGCCGACAGUUCAGAUCACCAUCAACAUAAGCACCUAGCAGUUGGAGGGAGCAGCCUUGGUAGUGCUGGGGAAAAAGGAAGUCCCGAGCUGGUGCAUAAACCGAGGUGCAGCAGCAUUAGUGCCAUAGGCGGAAUGGCGGACAGGGAGGCGUCAAGCCCCGAGCACCCUGCCGGGCGCCACCGGAGUACCAGUCUGGAGUACCCGUACACUUUACCCCAACUCUGUCGACCCCGCUGUGGCUCCAUAUCAGUGCCUGACCACAGUCGAGUCAUUCGGGGUCUGAGCCCAGAGAAAUACGGGAGGAACGUGGGACGAAACAGUCCAGACCAGCACCCCAAGCACUACAGCUCUGACCUCCACUUAGGCCAGAGGCAGCACUACCUGGGUCAGGGGGGCAGCGGUGACCUCUACCAGAGGCACCACAGGGGUAGCGUUAGCAGCACCGGUUGUGAGAGCCCUGAAUCACGCCAUGUACAUCUAGGGACCAGUGAACAUACCGAAAAGAGCUGUAUGGCCCAAGGGGGAAGUCCUGAAACUCAUAGGCACCAAUACAGUAUGAGCCCAGACCACGUGAAGUUCGGCAGCCCAGUGAGAGACACGCAGAGGAGGUCAACUGGGGAAGAGCUGUCGCCACAUCAUCGGAGCAUCUAUAACGGCAUGAAUGCUUUGAUAUCAGCCGGCUGCUGCACCAACAACUGUAGAAAUGUCAAGCUAUGGGACAGCUUCGAUGCCUCCUCUUGACCUCACUGCGGUCAGCUCCUCGGAGGAAUAAGCAUCACAGCGGAAGAGCCUUUUUGUAUCCCUGGUCUCGAUUGCCACAAAGAGCCUGCGGUGCCACUCUCCCAGGCUCCAGAUGGUCUGCCGUCCAUCCAUGGCCUCAUUCAUGUCUGCAGCCCUUGAAAACAACCUGCCUUCACGUUUUCAUCCGGACAUAUUGAACGCUUCGGAGAGGGGGAUGUUGGAGAAUAUGAUGAGUUGCAUUGUGUGCAAAAAAACUCUGCUGCAGAAAUAUUGAUUGGAGUGGAUGUCUCUCCCUGUCAAUUGUGACAUGGCUACCUCUCGGAGAGAACCCGGCGAGGGGGAUUGCAUGCUGGUGGAUUCUUACUGUGCAUUGAGAAUUUUCGGAGGAAAUUGUGCAAAAAGUUUGGCACUUGUAUGCUCUAACCGGACGAUUUCCCUGACACGCUAGCACACACUCCACAAAAAUACACAGCACAGUGGAUAUUCUGCUUUAUUUUCUUUGGGGUUCAAGUUUUAUUCUCUAAUUUGCAGUGCGUUACUUUUUGUGCAAAAUCCGACAAAAUUCUCAUGCUAACAGGCAGCAUCGGGUCACAUUCUUUAUGUUUACAACUACAGCUCAUCGGUGGAGAGGUGCAUCACUUCAGCCUUCUUCACUUUGUUUGCUUGUUCUCAUUUCUCAUUUUAGUGGUUAUCUUCCCUUCAUCAACCUUUUUUUUUGAAAGUGUGAAAUAGGACUUCUGUAAUUUAAUGUUCAGUCUGUCGAUCCCAAGUCCAUCCUUUCCUCUGAAGUCACGUUUCAACUGACCCUCAAAACAAAACGUAUAAAAUGAAGACAAAAUAACUUUUCCUGUGUCUUAAACCGAGAUGGUCAUUAUAGCUGCUGAAAAAUGUUGUAGUUUGAUAAAAAAAUGCAAUGUUCAGGUGUCAUUUUUCUUUUCUAUUUCUUUUCUCCUGUAAAGCGCCUAUAUUGAAGCUAGAGCCAUGUUUUUUUUGUUUGUUUUUUUUUUUACCAGAAAGCAAAGUCCAAGUAAAAUGUAGAUUAUUGGAUUAGUUUUCUAUAUAUAUCAAUAUAUAUAUAACUAUAUUAUGAUCAUUAUUUUUGACUUUCCAGGUAUUAGAACUAAUAUAUCAAGAUGUAUAAGAUAUAUAUCAAAUAAUAAACAAACGUCUUUAUUUAAAAGGUGAAUUUCUACAAUUGUGGUUGGUGUGUGUAUGUUUGCAUGUUAAAAUGAUUGACCAAAACGUGUUCCAAAACGUGGUAACUGUGAUGUCAUCAUCUGCGCCUGUCUCAUCCUGCCAGAUGGGCAACAAUAGGGUCCAAUCGGACAGGAUUUCCUGUUAAAUCAUUGAACUGGAACAGCAAGUUCCCCUUCUUGUGCGGUGAUCACCUUCCAUUACAUCCUGUCCAAACAACUGUACCUCGACAUCUGUGUCCUGGGAUCGCAGAUGCUCAGAUGCUAAUAAAUGCAAUCCAAUAUAAAAUGGUAAUGCUAAAUAAUGCAUUUAUUUACUCCGUUGGGAAGUACUAGGAGUUAUUUUAAAAUCUGGUUUAUUUGAGAAGAAGCCAGUUUAUUCGAGUACAGCGGAACCUCGGUUAGCAUAUGAAAAUUUUGCCUCGUUUUUGUGUGUAUUUUCUCGUUAGCAUACAAUAUUGUCGCUUUAUUUGUACAACAUGUAAGUCCAACUGUGUUCUUGUAUUUUUUAUCACAAAACGUCCUCUUUAGCAGACUGCUACAACAUGAAAACGAGAACCGGAAGUCAGCCCCGCCGCCCUUCUAUGACAUCAUCAACGGUUGACUGUGUAGUUCUUAAGAUA